AUGAAAAACAUAUUUAUUUUAUAGUUAGAAAAGUAUUCCAGUAAUCUGGAAGCCAUAGUUGCUGACAGAACUAAAGAUUUAAUGAUAGAAAAAGCAAAAACUGAACAACUUAUCAGUCAAAUGUUGCCAAAGAAAGUUGUUGAAGAUUUAAAACAUGGCAGGAAAGUUCUACCAGAAGCUUUUGAGUGUGUGACCAUCUUUUUCAGUGAUAUUGUUGGUUUCACAGCUAUUGCCCGUGAUAGUACACCAUUCCAAGUUGUAGACUUACUGAAUGAUCUGUACACAACGUUUGAUGCCAUUCUUGAUAAUUAUGAUGUAUAUAAAGUAGAAACUAUUGGGGAUGCUUAUAUGGUUGUAAGUGGUCUACCUAUAAGAAAUGGUAAAUUACAUGCUGGUGAAAUUGCGACAAUGUCUUUAGAUUUACUUUCUUCUAUGGUUGGUUUCAAGAUCCGUCAUUUAGAAACUACCAUGUUACAGCUUCGUGUUGGAAUGCAUUCUGGUCCAUGUGUAGCUGGUGUAGUAGGUUUAAAGAUGCCUAGGUAUUGUUUGUUUGGUGAUACUGUUAAUACAGCAUCUAGAAUGGAAUCUAGUUCUAUAGCUCUGAAGAUUCAUAUGAGUAGUAAAACAGCUGAUAUAUUAAUGGAGUUAGGAGGUUAUAUAUUAGAUUGUCGUGGUGAACGAGAAGUAAAGGGCAAGGGAAUGAUGACAACUUACUGGUUAGAUGGAAAAGAUGGCUACGACAAACCCCUUCCAACACGGGAUAUGGCUAUUUCCCUCUCGAAACACGAGUUCAAAUAAAUUAUAGGAUUUUAUUUUUAUAUUUCUAUUGAAUUGUAAAAUACUGGUAAUUGUUGUUUUGAAAAUGUUUUUGACGAAGAGUGAAAUAUAAUAUGUUUACAGGUCUUCAUGUUGGUGGCAAACUAGACUGACUUAAAGUUGUUUUUAAAAAAAAAAGCUCGGAUAUAUCCCAAAAUUUAAAAAACAAAAUUAAUGCCUAAGACAGUUUCAAAUACAACUGAUGCAUUCAGUGCUAAUACUAAACCAGGAAGGUAGAAUUACUCAGCCAGGUAAGGUGGAAUUACUCAACCAGGAAGGUAUAAUUACUCAGUCAGAGAAGGUAGAAUUACUCAGUCAGGGAAGGUAGAAUUACUCAGUCAGGAAGGUAGAAUUACUCAGUCAGGGAAGGUAGAAUUACUUAGUCAGGGAAGGUAGAAUUACUCCGGGAAGGUAGAAUUACCCAAUCUGGAAGGUAGAAUUACUCAGUCCGGGAAGGUAAAAUUAAAAGCCAGAGAAGGUAGAAUUACUCAGACCGAGAAGGUAGAAUUACUCAGUCAGGGAAGAUAGAAUUACUCAAGGGGGAAAGUAGAAUUACUCAGCCAGGGAAGGUAGAAUCACCCAACAGGAAGGGAGAAGGUAGAAUCGCUCAAAGGUAACUGGAAAGAUAGAAUAACAGAAUUUCAGCAAUUGGAAACAAAUUUUAAUUCAGACAUUGUCUUGUGUGUGGUCUUGAAUUAAAAAGGUUUUGAACCUCCCUCUCUAUCGCAUGUGGGUUGCAGCAGAAAGUCAAUGAGAAAUCAUUUUAAAAAUAGGUUGAAAUCAACCAAAAUAUCAAACUCUAAAACCAAAGCAAUUCACAGUCAAUUAAAACGUGUGAAUUAAUUACUUUCCUCUAAAUCUGUAUGGAGAUUGUCUGAAGCCUAAGUUCUGGUGAGCCGUUUUAGACCAAUAUGGUAUUUGCAAACAUGAAGGCCUGAUGUUAUGAGAAUUUAUUCAGGUUUGUUUAAAGAAUAAAGUAUUGGGAACUCUCUGUAAUAACAGAAAGAGACAAGGAAUUCAAUGAGAAUAAUACAAAUGUUCCAUUACAGAAUUGAUAUUGCAGGGUUCUGCUAAUUACCUAUAUACAUAUUUUAAGGCCAGAUAUUAUGUCAGGGGUUUGUCGAUGAAAAACGAUUGUUCAAAAGGGACUCCACAAAAUUCUGAAGCCAUGGUGAUUCCAUGAAUAGGGCACAGACUCAAUAACUAGGAUGUCUUCAGUGUCAUCCCAAUGUUAACUUGGGAAUUUCUAGCAAGAUUUCUUUUAGUAAGUAUCUUUGUCAGUCGUUUGGAUGGACAGAAAAAACAAGGUCCGUUAUAUAUCCCUAGGAAGUUUGAAAUCGUAAUAACAGUAGGCAGCAACCUGGUAGUCUAGGCACAGUUUCUUCCAUAGCACACUACAUGGUGUAUGUUCAUUAAUUAAACUUCAUUUCAUUUCUUUUGAAAUGAAGAAACCUGAACUAAAACAGUGGAGUCCCCUUUAACUAAUUAAAGUAUUUUUAAACUGGAACUAAGUGACUGUCAUAUUGUAAAAUACUUCAUUAAAACACUGUAAACUUAUUAAACAUGAAAAAUUAGAUGACAUGCUCUGGACCAACGUUUUCACUUUCAAAUUCUGCCAGCUGGUUAAUUUUUAACAUAAUUUGUUUAAUCUCAGUUUUAACAUUAUCCCAUAUUUUUAUAUAUUUCUUAGUGUUUUUCCCCAGACUGUGAAGUUAACUGUCUUGACUGUGUUUUAUGGUUAAAUUCUUUGAAAUUAUAAUUUUGCACAAUGUAAAUUGACUGGUGAAUUUCACUGCUAGUCAGGUAAAGUAGCUAAGUCUCUAACUCAAAAUCAUCCAAAGUCUUUGACAUUGAAAACAUGAAUUAUUUGUCAAUUUUAAUCAACAUCGAUUUUGUGAUGUUACCAGUAAAGAUAGGCUUCUGAUAUCUAAUAUUUAAGACGUCUUGUCUAACGGUGACCGUUCUAAGCUGGAGAGCCUGCGCAGUAGACUGGAAUAACCAGAUGCUAGAGAUUGCCAUUCGAUUGAGAUUUCUGGCGUAUUUCACAAAACAUAUUUGAUUAGAGAUUACAGUAAAAACGGAAACGAUUGAAUGUAAACCAUUUUAUAUAUAUUUAUUCAUAUUAUAUUAUUAUAUGCAUUGCGACCGAUUUGUGUCAAUUUCUAGUUACCAAAUAUUAGUGACUGACAGAUAUGACCGAAACAGAAUUAUUUUUUGAAUUUUAAAACUUGUGAAUGCUCAACGAAAUUUUUGAAAUUUCUUGAGGAUGUCGGUUGGGGCAUGAGGAAGAAUUCUAUGUAAAACUAUUAUUUAAUUAACCGCUCUAUGCAUCAUGUAUAAAGUUUACAUAUUAAAAGUACUUCUAUAUAAAGCUUUUACUGUCUGACACUCAAAUAGUUCCAGCUAGUUUAUAUGGUCUGCCAUAAAGAUCAUGGGUCCAAUUUAUAUCAACCGCCUUGAUCAAAAAUAUAUUAAUAUUGCAUGGUUAUAUUGUUUUAUCAUUGUAUCAAAUCUGAUGUACGUAUUAAACCUGACAAGCCCCUCGACUUUUAACGUUAUAC